GGCGGAGUGGGGGUCGCGGGCAGCUUUGAUAAUGCCUUCGGGUUAGGAGCUUGGAGAGCGCGGCCCCCCGGAGGCCGGCGCCGGCCCUGCGGUCUCGGGCCCAAGCCCCAAACCGCAGGCGCAGCCUCAGCGCCUCCUAUCUCGCUCCGCUGGGCCCAGAGGGAAGCUAGCAGUCCGGAGGCUUGGUGAUCGCGACGAGCUCCCUCGGGAAGGGGCUUCCUCCAAAAUGCAAGAGUGUUUAAAAAAUUUGUAUUUUAUCUAAGAAGAGUUUAUGGUUUUGGUUUUUACGUAGACUGGUGCUGCGUACAUCUACGGUGUAGCCUAGGGGACUGAGGCUGAGCCAGUGGUUCUGUCGAGGCAGCUCCAACGUGGGGGAGACAGCUCGGCCCACAGGAGAUGUGCGGGGCCGGGUUCUGCUCCUCGGAUACGAAUCCUGCGCAAGCCCCGUAGCUUCUCCUCGCCACACUUUCCUCUUGGGAAACUGGGAAGUAUCAGAGGACAAGAUCAAAUUCAGGGAUGGGUCCAAGGAUUGAGGCUACCAUGGCCUUUUCUUCCCAGAGGACUUGGAGAGCCCUCCUUCUCCUCCAGCUCUGAGCAGUCAUCUGCAUUGGCGUCCUGGACAUCCCACGCAGCCACUGAAGGAAGGGACCAAGAUGAAUGCAGAGCCCGAGAGAAAGUUUGGAGUGGUGGUGGUUGGCGUUGGCAGAGCUGGCUCAGUGCGGAUCAGGGACUUGCGGAAUCCACAUGCUUCCUCGGCGUUCCUGAACCUGAUUGGCUUCGUGUCCAGACGAGAGCUCAGGAACAUUGAUGAAGUCCAGCAGAUUUCUUUGGAAAAUGCUCUUUCCAGCCCAAAGGUAGAGGUUGCUUAUAUCUGCAGUGAGAGCUCCAGCCAUGAGGACUAUAUCAGGCAGUUCCUUAAUGCUGGUAAGCAUGUCCUUGUGGAAUAUCCAAUGACACUGUCUUGGGAAGCAGCUCAGGACCUGUGGAAGUUGGCUGAGCAGAAAGGAAAGGUCUUGCAUGAGGAGCAUGUUGAACUCUUGAUGGAGGAGUUUGCAUUCCUGAAAAAAGAAGUGGUGGGAAAAGACCUGCUAAAAGGGUCUCUCCUCUUCACAGCUGGCCCAUUGGAAGAAGAGCGGUUUGGCUUCCCUGCAUUCAGUGGCAUUUCUCGCCUGACCUGGCUGGUCUCCCUCUUUGGGGAACUUUCUCUUAUAUCCGCCACUUUGGAAGAGCGAAAGGAAGAUCAACAUAUGAAAAUGACUGUGUGCUUAGAGACAGAGAACAAACGUCCGCUCACAUGGAUUGAAGAGAAAGGACCUGGUCUAAAACGAAACAGACAUUUAAGCUUCCAUUUUAAAUCUGGGUCCCUGGAGAAUAUGCCAAAUGUAGGAGUCAAUAAGAAUAUUUUCCUGAAAGAUCAAAACAUAUUUGUCCAGAAACUCUUGGGCCAGUUCUCUGAAAAGGAACUGGCUGCUGAAAAGAAACGCAUCCUGCACUGCCUGUGGCUUGCAGAAGAAAUCCAGAAAUACUGCUACUCAAAGAAGUAAGAGAAGGAAACAUGCGGCACAUCUAAGAUAGGACCAUAGUUUGCUUUUUAUGAAGAGUUGACCUCUAUCUCUAUUCUUACAAUUAAACAUAUCUUGGGCAAACAGGA